AUGGGGUUAGUGUUAAGGGUUUUUGUCAACAUUAAUAGUGCCUUAAAUCUAUGCCAUGUUCUGAUUUCACAUGUCUAUUCACAAAAAACACCCUGUUCCCUGUGUAAUAACAGUACGGUGGAUGACAGUCUACCUGUCAGAGCUGUCAGCUCCUGUAACCUCUAUGUCUACACCUUCCCCUUUGACAUACAAAACUGCACUUAUACCUUCAACCCCUGCUUGCACUUUGUGAGGGACAUAAAGAUUUUUCUUGGAAGACCUGCAGAAAAAAAGGCAACAGUCUCCGAGAGUGUGAUGGCCACCAUGUGUGAAUGGGAGCUACUGGAUAUCACCUCAGAUAAAACAACAGAGAAUGAUAUUAACAGUGAGGGUUUAUGUGCUGAUGAGUUUAAAUUUCAUAUUAUGUUGAGGUGCCGGGCCACUAUGUAUACGGUAAACUUCCUGCUCCCCAGCUGCUUUCUCAUCACAGUUGACCUCUUCAGCUUCCUGCUGCUUCCACAGAGCGUGGACAGAUCCGCCUUCAAGAUGACCCUCAUCCUCGGCCACACCAUCUUCCCGCUGAUCAUGAAUGACCUGCUGCCGGUCACUGGAAACACCAUACUCCUCAUAUACGUGUUCUUUUCCAUCUGCCUCCCUCUGAUGGUGGCCAGUUUGCUGGAAAUAAACCUCAUCACCAACCUGCUGUGUGCGUCUGCUGACUUCUCUCCUGUCCCUCACUGUAUCCGAGUCCUCACGCAAUUUCUGGGAUUUCUUAUUUCCAUGGCACCAAUGAAUAAGAAAUCAAGAGCUUCAGAAAUAGACCUUAAGACCACGACUGCUGUGGAAAAUAUUGAAGAUUAUGAAGGGCCUCAAGAGAAAAAUGGGCCAGCAGUGGAGGACGGGGUUGUGCAGGAGCUAAAGAAAGUGGGCAAGGACCUCCAGGACAUCCACCUGGAGGUCAACCAAGGCUCAGAGGAGUGGAUGCAGUUUUCAUUCUAA